CGUUUCCACGCCUCUCCACUCCCCCCUUAUCCCUCCUCCCCGCCGGCUGCGCUCCUCCCCCUUCCUCCUCCCUCCCCCUCUCCGUCGCCCCCGCCAGAUCUGUCUGUGUCUCUGCCUCUGCGUGAGAGGAGGGGGGCCCUGCGUACUGAGCGAUGUUUGGCCGCCAUCGCGGAGGAGGAGGAGGCGGCGCAGGAGGCUGAGGGAUCCGCCGCCAGACUGAGAGGAGAACGCCGCUUGGGCCUGCCUGGUCUCCCCCCGGCGCCUUGCCCGCCCUGCCUUCUUCCCCGCAGCCCGUAGUGAAGGUCGCCGCCGCCUGAGCCGGCUGAGGGGGCCUCUCCUCCCCGACCCCUUUCCCUCCCCCUCCCCCCGCCCCUCAGGAAGGGGGCUCCGCUCCCGCCGGGCCCGAAGAUGUCGAACCUGAGCAAGGGGACGGGCAGCCGGAAGGACACCAAGAUGCGGAUCCGAGCUUUCCCGAUGACCAUGGAUGAAAAAUAUGUAAACAGCAUUUGGGAUCUUCUGAAAAAUGCAAUCCAGGAGAUUCAGCGUAAGAACAACAGUGGCCUCAGUUUUGAGGAAUUGUAUAGGAAUGCCUAUACUAUGGUAUUACAUAAACAUGGAGAGAAACUCUACACUGGACUACGAGAAGUGGUUACUGAGCAUCUCAUAAAUAAGGUGCGAGAAGAUGUACUAAACUCAUUAAACAACAACUUCCUCCAAACAUUAAACCAAGCAUGGAAUGAUCAUCAGACAGCUAUGGUCAUGAUUAGAGACAUUCUGAUGUACAUGGAUCGUGUAUAUGUACAGCAAAAUAAUGUGGAAAAUGUCUACAAUUUGGGAUUAAUUAUCUUUCGAGAUCAAGUUGUACGUUAUGGGUGUAUUAGGGAUCAUCUACGACAGACAUUGUUGGACAUGAUCGCGAGGGAACGAAAAGGAGAAGUUGUAGACAGAGGAGCAAUAAGAAAUGCUUGCCAGAUGUUAAUGAUUCUAGGCCUUGAAGGAAGAUCAGUCUAUGAAGAAGACUUUGAAGCUCCAUUUUUAGAGAUGUCAGCAGAAUUCUUUCAGAUGGAAAGCCAGAAAUUUUUAGCAGAAAAUAGCGCUUCAGUUUAUAUAAAGAAAGUAGAAGCUAGAAUUAAUGAAGAAAUAGAACGUGUGAUGCACUGCCUUGAUAAAUCCACUGAAGAGCCAAUUGUAAAAGUUGUUGAGAGGGAGCUUAUUUCCAAGCAUAUGAAGACUAUCGUGGAAAUGGAGAAUUCUGGGUUAGUUCAUAUGCUAAAAAAUGGGAAAACAGAAGAUCUUGCUUGUAUGUAUAAGCUGUUCAGCCGUGUACCGAAUGGUCUAAAGACAAUGUGUGAGUGCAUGAGCUCCUACUUGAGGGAACAAGGUAAAGCGCUUGUAUCUGAAGAAGGAGAAGGAAAGAACCCGGUUGACUAUAUUCAGGGUUUACUGGAUUUGAAGAGUAGGUUUGACCGUUUCCUGCAAGAAUCUUUCAAUAAUGACAGGCUCUUCAAACAAACGAUUGCGGGUGACUUUGAGUACUUCCUCAAUCUCAAUUCUAGGAGUCCAGAGUAUCUCUCAUUAUUUAUUGAUGACAAGUUGAAAAAAGGAGUCAAAGGACUGACAGAGCAAGAAGUAGAGACUAUACUGGAUAAGGCAAUGGUUCUGUUUAGGUUUAUGCAAGAGAAAGAUGUAUUUGAACGAUACUAUAAGCAGCACUUGGCAAGGAGGCUUUUGACGAACAAAAGUGUUUCAGAUGACUCUGAGAAAAAUAUGAUAUCUAAGUUAAAGACUGAAUGUGGAUGCCAAUUCACAUCAAAACUGGAAGGAAUGUUCAGGGAUAUGAGCAUCUCAAACACAACAAUGGAUGAAUUUAGGCAACAUCUACAGGCUACAGGGGUCUCAUUAGGUGGUGUUGAUCUGACAGUGCGGGUUCUUACAACGGGCUACUGGCCCACUCAGUCGGCCACACCAAAGUGCAACAUUCCCCCAGCCCCCAGACAUGCUUUUGAAAUAUUUAGGAGAUUUUAUUUAGCCAAACAUAGCGGACGGCAACUGACACUCCAGCAUCACAUGGGUUCUGCAGAUCUCAAUGCCACCUUCUAUGGUCCUGUUAAAAAGGAAGAUGGCUCAGAAGUUGGUGUAGGAGGUGCCCAAGUAACUGGCUCUAACACACGGAAGCACAUAUUGCAAGUCUCCACUUUCCAGAUGACGAUACUAAUGCUUUUUAACAACAGAGAAAGAUAUACUUUUGAGGAAAUACAACAGGAGACAGAUAUUCCUGAAAGAGAGCUUGUACGAGCGCUACAGUCUCUUGCAUGUGGAAAGCCAACACAACGGGUUCUCACAAAAGAGCCAAAAUCAAAAGAAAUAGAAAAUGGACAUAUAUUUACAGUGAAUGACCAGUUCACAUCCAAACUGCACAGAGUCAAGAUUCAAACAGUUGCUGCCAAACAAGGAGAAUCGGAUCCAGAAAGAAAAGAAACAAGACAGAAAGUAGAUGAUGACAGAAAACAUGAGAUAGAGGCUGCUAUAGUGCGGAUAAUGAAAUCUAGGAAGAAGAUGCAGCAUAAUGUGCUAGUAGCAGAGGUAACUCAACAAUUGAAGGCACGAUUCCUACCAAGUCCGGUUGUUAUUAAAAAGCGUAUUGAAGGACUUAUUGAACGAGAAUAUUUGGCACGAACACCUGAGGACCGCAAAGUAUACACUUACGUAGCAUAAAAUGUGUUCCGCAAAUAUGAUUUAUCCUUGGACUAUACUCUUCGCAUGAACUGGGAAGUUCUUUUAAAUCAUUAAAUAUUAAGGUGACCAUCUCUUCUAUUAAAUUACAAUACAUGUUCUAUACCAUUCAGAUCAAGCCUUUACUCCUUCGGAGAGUUUUUCGACAUCAAAUUGAUUGAGCUUCAAGCUUCUCAGCGUUUAUCCCUGUAGAGAUCAUCCUUACAGUUCCUCGGGAAAAUGUGAAUGUGCCGCGUUUUGUUUUCAAUACUGUAUGAAAACAGGAAAAAAAAUAAAAACAAAUUUAGAAAAUGCAGCUCAUUUAAAAAAAUAAUAAAACUGUUGACAUUUCAUUUCCCCAGAUCUUCAGUGUUGAUGUAAAUGUGUUUUCUGUAGUGUUGCUUAGCACUUUGCGCAUUGUAUACGUUGGGUUACAAGAAAAACACAGCUGAUAAGACCGGAUUCCCAAUAAUAUUGCUCUGCUUUGGACAUUUCUUUAAAGAGCCAUGUUUAAUUUAAAGAUUUGGUAAAUUUAUAAAGACCUGAAAACACAAUUUUAGCAUGCUUUACUUCUCCACCUGCAUUCACUCAUAUUCCAGUUAAUAUGAUGAGGAACCUUUUUGGGGUCACAGUUCUGGGCUGUAAUAUUUGGCCUGCCCUUUUGUAAUUUUGAGUUCUUCCAAAUUAAGUUAUAUACUGAUUAGGUUUGUUAUGGUUCCUUUUUAGGAGAAAUGGGGGGAACAUUUAGUGUGUAUAAACUGUAUGAUACUUUUUGCUGUUGUACUCACUGCUCAUAGUGGAUUGUACAGAGCGAUGUUUUUAUUUCACUCAAUGUAGACAAAACAAAUUUAAAAUAAAUGGAUUUAGUGUACACGAGCACUAAUUCAAAUCUAUUAGAGCACAGGGAUGACAAUUUGUUAAACUAAAUACCCCUUGGAGAAGCACAUUAGCCUAUACUCUAUUCAAGAGGUAGAGGAGGUUUAUGGCUUUUAAGUUCCCACUUUCCAGAAGGUUCAAGUGAAGCCAUUGUGCACUAUUAAUUUACUGUUUUAAAAUGCAAUCUAAAAAUGCAAUAAAUAUUGUUACUUUGAUCUUAA